AUGGAAGAGGCACUGAAAAAAUGUCUCAACGAGGAUGUAAAACCGUAUGGUCGCGGUGGAGGUGGUUGUAUAAACACUGGCCAGGGCUAUGAAACCAAGUCUCUUGGGAAGAUAUUCGUUAAGACGAACAGGAAAAAUGGAUCUGAAACCAUGUUCCGUGGUGAAAUGGCCUCGUUGAAAGCGAUGUAUGAAACAGAUACAGUUCGUGUGCCGAAACCGAUCGAUGUGGUGAAUUUGGGUGCUCACGGAUGGGCUCUGGUCACUGAAUACAUCGAAAUGGGUGGUGGAAAUCGUGGAGACCUGGUCACACUUGGGACACAAUUGGCAAGGAUGCACAAAUAUAAUGAGGACCGCCUUAACGAAUCUGCUCGUAGUGAAAGCUUUGUGGGUGGAUCCGCCAGCGGUGAUAGCUACAAAAACGGUGUGAAGCAAUUCGGAUUCCACACAGUGACAUGCUGCGGAUUCAUUCCUCAACCAAAUGAUUGGUGUGAUGAUUGGGCGACGUUCUUUGUCAGAAAUCGAUUGAAGGUUCAGGUUGAUCUGUUGAUUCAGAAAGGGAGUAGAGAGAUAUUAUCCGUGUGGCCGGAGCUGGAGAGGAAGGUGACAGCACUUCUCGCGCCAUGUGCCGGUGUGGUUCCUGCCUUGGUGCACGGGGAUUUGUGGGGUGGCAAUUGGUCCAGCACCAGCGAAGGUCCAGUGAUUUUCGACCCAGCAAGUGCUUUUUGUGAUCCUGAAUUUGAGCAAGGCAUUAUGAACAUGUUUGGCGGAUAUGGAAGUGAUUUCUGGGCAGCCUACCACAAAGUGCUGCCAAAAAGGCCAGAUAGGGAGAAACGAAUGGUCAUAUACGAGCUAUUCCAUCACCUCAAUCACUGGUAA